AUGACCAUCGCCAUGCAACUCGACCAGAACAUCCCCUCGCAACAGCGACGACGUGCACCUCGCUACCGUAAACACCGCACGCUAAUCUCCCACCUCAAGGGCGUGACCUGCCUCAAGUAUUCUCCUUGUGGGCGAUAUCUAGCCAGCGCAGAUUCCGGGGAACAUGUACGGUCGUACCGAGGGCAUGAUCGAGGAAUCAACGACCUGGUAUUCUCCCCUGAUUGUCUUUACCUGGCCACGGCAGGGGACGAAGGGCUGGUCUUGAUCUGGUCUAUCAAGCAGGGCACCAUCCUCCGCACCCUCCUCUCUCACACCUCGCACGUCCUCUGCAUCACCUUCAACCCCAAGGGCAACGUCCUCGUCACCGGCGGCUGGGACGAAUCCGUCAUCUUCUGGAACGUCCGGUCGGGCGAAAAGAUGCGAACGCUCCAGGCGCAUAGCGAUCCGGUCACCGCCGUGGGGUAUAAUGUGGACGGGACGGUGAUGGUGACGGGGAGUUAUGACGGGUUGAUGCGGAUAUGGGACGGUUCGACAGGACAAUGCUUGAAGACGAUCGAGAACGAGGAGAACUCGCCUUGCUCCUAUGCAGCCUUCACGCCAAACGGCGAUAACCUCAUCUCCUGCUCCCUCUCAUCCUGCAUCCGAAUAUGGAACUACCACACCUCUCGCUGCAUCAAGACCUAUACCGGACAUACCAACGUCAAAUACAGUAGCCCAGCUCUGGUCAUCGAUCCUACCGCCGGCAUCGAUGCAGAGUCGGAGAACAGGCAAACGAUGGACCAGGAGCGGAUACCGGACGCGUGGAUCUUAUCGGGGAGCGAUACGAGCGAGGUGUGUAUAUGGGACGGGCAGAGCAAAGAGCUCUUACAGCGGCUCGAGGGACAUACCGACACGGUCAUCGCGCUCGCCGUGCAUCCGUUCAAGAGGAUGAUCGCUACUGGUGGACUCGAGAGGGACAAGACGAUCAUCCUAUGGCGGGACGAGGAAUGA